AUAAUAUGUCUGUAUGUAUAUUAUAGUGAAGUACUACAAGACCAAGCAGAAGGCUACGUUAGAGGGAUACAGUGGAUUUUACUCUACUACUAUGAAGGUGUACCAUCAUGGAGUUGGUAUUAUCAACACCAUUAUGCACCAUACAUGAGUGAUGUGAAGGAUUUCAAAAAUAUGAACUUAAGGUUUGACCUUGGCACUCCAUUUAAACCGUUUGAACAACUGAUGGCAGUUUUACCUGCUGCCAGUAAAGAUUUAUUACCUCUUCCAUAUCAAAAACUGAUGAUCAAUGACACAUCACCUGUGAUAGAUUUUUACCCGCUACAGUUCGAUACAGAUCUGAACGGGAAACAACAAGACUGGGAAGCUGUCGUUCUCAUUCCUUUUAUAGAUGAGAAUCGACUACUCACAGCAAUUCGAUCUGUAGAGCAUCUUCUUACGGAUGAGGAGAAGGCACGUAAUGGUCAUGGUCCGCACCUGUGUUACGAAUAUACACCGGAAGCUGGCGAGCCAUAUCCCUCUCCUUUACCAGAUUUCCCGGACAUUGCUAUCAGUCAUUCCAA